AUGUCGCCUGCAGCAGUCACACCACAGGACACGCCCAGCCAGUCUGGCUCUCCGGCUCCUCACAACCCCACCCAUGAGGAACACCAAUACCUAAACCUCAUCCGCACGAUCCUCGCCGAGGGCGAGCAUCGCCCCGACCGCACCGGCACAGGCACCCGCUCGAUCUUCGCACCACCGCAACUCCGCUUCUCGCUCUCCAAACCGGGCGCCACGUCCACCGCCGACCGCAUCCCGGUCCUACCCCUCCUCACCACCAAGCGCGUCUUCCUGCGCGCCGUCCUCGCCGAGCUCCUCUGGUUCAUUUCCGGAUGCACGUCGUCACUGCCGCUCUCCGAGGCGGGCGUCAAGAUCUGGGACGGCAACGGCAGCCGCGAGUUCCUGGAUAAAGUCGGGCUGGGCCACCGCGAGGUCGGCGACCUGGGCCCCGUGUACGGAUUCCAGUGGCGGCAUUUCGGGGCGGAGUAUGUCGACGCGAAGACGGAUUAUGCGGGCCAAGGCGUCGACCAGCUCGCGGAGGUCGUGCGCAAGUUGAAGGACACGCCCUUCGACCGCAGGAUCAUCAUGAGUGCGUGGAACCCGGCGGAUCUGAAGAAGAUGGCGCUGCCGCCGUGCCAUAUGUUUGCGCAGUUCUAUGUCUCGUAUCCCGAUGGCUUGGACCGGAAGGGCAGUCUGUCGUGUUUGCUGUACCAGCGAUCAUGUGAUAUGGGGCUGGGUGUGCCGUUUAACAUCGCGUCGUAUGCGCUGCUGACGCAUAUCUUGGCCCAUGCGACGGAUCUGAAUCCCGGCACCCUGAUCCAUACUAUGGGGGAUGCGCAUGUGUAUCUGGAUCAUGUCGAUGCGCUGGAGGAGCAGCUGAAGCGGGAGCCCACGGAGUUUCCGGAACUGCGGAUCAAGCGUGAUGAUCGGGGCAGUGGGGUUGUGGAUGGCUGGAAGGAGGAGGAGUUUGAGGUUAUCGGGUACCAGCCCCAUAAAGCCAUCAAGAUGAACAUGAGCGUUUGA